UCGCACAGACGCAGGCCCCGCCCGCUGGGCGCUCGGCCCGCUGUUUCCUUGCCGGAGUGAGUGACAGGCUCCGCUGCCUGGGCGGGCCAAGUUCUCUGUGACUGACAGGUCGACCGAGCAAUCAGAGCGGCGGGAAGCGGAGGGGGCGGUGACAUGCGUGGCCAUGGACCAAUAGGCGAGCGUCCCGGUGGGGCGCCGUCCAAUGGCUGGGGAGCCCGUCCCACGGCGCGUGACGUCAGGAGGGUGGGUAGCAACAGUUGCCCCGGUGAGGGAAACGGAGGCGCCAUAGCCACCGUAGUCGUGGCGACCAAGCAACCCGGCAACGCGAGUCAACAACCACCGCCCCCGCCCGCGGCCCCCCGCCCCCGCCCCGCGGCCCGGCCCGGGGACCCCGGCACGCUCCGAACACCUCCCGCCAGCGCCGCCGUGACCUCUGCGCAGCCCUGCGGCGGACGAACUGAGGAAGAAAAAAGAAAAGGAUUAAGAAGCAGAAAAAGGUCGCACCUUUCCUCGCCAUCGGCAUGGCAACGCAGGCCUUCAGGGCAGAGCUCCAGGCCCCCCCAGCCUCUCAGCCACCCCCCGCCCAGCCCCCGCCCCCGGCGGCCUCGCAGCCGCCCCCCGCCGCCGCCACCCCCCAGCCGCAGUACGUGCCCGAGCUGCAGAGCCCACAGCCCCCCGCGCAGCCCCCUGGAGCCACGGGCGCCCAGAAGCCCUAUGUCACCGACGUGCCCCCUGUCCCUGCGCCCCCGUCCGCCGCCCUGUCCCCCGCCUCCCAGCAAUUCAUCGUGGUCACUGUGUCCGCGGCUGCUGGUCCAGGCCAAGCCGGGCCCCGUGUCCCCCCUCCAGCUCACCAGCCUCCCGGUGACCCAGCAGGCCCUCCCCGCGCAGAGGCUCAUGGUGCAGAGUGCACCCCCUGGCGGCGGCGGCAAGGGGACCCAGGUCUCCCUGGCGGUGCACUCACCCCCUGAGCGCUCCCCGGUGCAGACCUCCAGCUCCAGCAAACCUGCGGGGACCCCCUCGGGGACCACGGUGCCUCAGACGCUGGCCCCGGUCCACGGCGUCCAGCAGAACCCACCCGUGCCUGGCACGGUCAGCCAGGAGAGGUCGGUGGUGCAGGCUUCGCCACAGACACCUGAGGCCCCCCCAGGGCAGCAGCUGCAGCGGCUCCAGCCCGUGCACGUGACUCAAGAGCGCCCCAGCGCAGGCAGGCAGUGUCUCGCUGGGAAGGCGGAGCGGCAGCGGGACCCCCGGCCCCCCUCGCCCCCCGCACCCGCUGCCCCGGGGCUCGAGCCCUGGGCGGGGCUCCUGGGCGUCCUGCCCGCCCGGCACGGGCUCCGCGCUAGCCCCGAACUCGGGGUCCGGAUCCAGGCAGCGCCCCCGGUGCUGCUGCUCGGCGCGGCCCUCAAAGUGCAGCAGCUCCAGCAGGUGCCUGUGUCACACGUGUACCCCAGCCAGGUGCAGUACGUGGAGGGUGGUGAUGCCAGCUACACCGCCAGUGCCAUCCGCGCGAGCAGCUACCCAUACCCCGAGACCCCGCUGUACACGCAGCCGGCGGGCAGCACCUACUACGACGCGGCCGGGGCGCCCCAGGUCAGCUCCCCGGCGCCCCCCCAGGCCGUGGGCGGCAGCGGCGCGGUGCCCCUGUUCGUGUCGGGCAGCUCGGCGGUGGGCAGCGCUGCGGGCGGGGGCGCGGCCGGCGGGGGCGGCGGCGGCGGCGGAGGAGGAGGAGGAGGAGGAGGCAGCGGCGGCGGCACCGGCGGGGGCGGCGGCGGCGGCACCUACGUGAUUCAGGGCGGCUACUUGGUGGGCAGCGCCAGCCAGUCCUACUCUCACACCACGCGAGCCUCCCCGGCCACCUGGCUGCUGGACAACUACGAGACGGCGGAGGGCGUGAGCCUGCCCCGCAGCACGCUGUACUGCCACUACCUCCUGCACUGCCAGGAGCAGAAGCUGGAGCCCGUCAACGCCGCCUCCUUCGGGAAGCUCAUCCGCUCGGUCUUCAUGGGGCUGCGCACGCGCAGGCUGGGCACCAGGGGCAACUCCAAGUACCAUUACUACGGGCUGCGGAUCAAGGCCAACUCCCCACUGCUCCGGCUGAUGGAGGACCAGCCCCACAUGGCCAUGCGCGGCCAGCCCUUCUCCCAGAAGCAGAGGCUGAAGCCCCUCCAGAAGAUGGAGGGGAUGACCAACGGCGUGGCUGUGGGACCCCCGCCCACCUCGGGGUCGUCAGACAUCAGCGCCCAGGUGCAGCAGCUCCAGCAGUUCCUCGAUGCUUCGCGGAAUCUCCCCGACUUCUCUGAGUUAGACCUGCAGGGCAAGGAGCUGCCGGAGGGCGUGGGGCCAGGGGACGUCAAGGCCUUCCAGGUCCUGUACCGGGAACACUGUGAGGCCAUUGUGGAUGUCAUGGUGAACCUGCAGUUCACUCUGGUUGAGACCUUGUGGAAAACUUUCUGGAGGUACAACCUCAGCCAGCCCAGUGAGGCCACACCCAUGGCCGUGCACGACGAGGCGGAGAAGCGACUGCCCAAGGCCAGUCUGGUGCUGCUGUCCAAGUUCGAGCCAGUGCUGCAGUGGGCCAAGAACUGUGACAACGUGCUGUACCAGGACCUGGUGGAGAUCCUUAUUCCCGACGUGCUGCGGCCCAUCCCCAGUGCCUUGACCCAAGCGAUCCGGAACUUUGCCAAGAGCCUGGAGAGCUGGCUCACCCACGCCAUGGUCAACAUUCCCGAGGAGAUGCUGCGGGUGAAGGUGGCGGCAGCGGGGGCCUUCGCGCAGACGCUGCGGCGCUACACGUCGCUCAACCACCUGGCGCAGGCGGCGCGCGCGGUGCUGCAGAACUCGGCGCAGAUCAGCCAGAUGCUCAGCGACCUCAACCGUGUGGACUUCGCCAACGUGCAGGAGCAGGCGUCGUGGGUGUGCCGCUGCGAGGACCGCGUGGUGCAGCGGCUGGAGCAGGACUUCAAGCUGACGCUGCAGCAGCAGAACUCGCUGGAGCAGUGGGCCGCCUGGCUGGACGGCGUGGUGAGCCAGGUGCUCAAGCCCUACCAGGGCAGCGCCGGCUUCCCCAAGGCCGCCAAGCUCUUCCUCCUCAAGUGGUCCUUCUACAGCUCCAUGGUGAUCCGGGACCUGACCCUGCGCAGCGCCGCCAGCUUCGGCUCGUUUCACCUCAUCCGCCUGCUAUAUGACGAGUACAUGUUCUACCUGGUCGAGCAUCGUGUGGCGCGCGCCCGGGGCGAGACCCCCAUCGCCGUCAUGGGCGAGUUCGCCAACCUGGCCACGUCGCUGAACCCCCUGGACCCCGACAAAGAUGAGGAGGAGGAAGAGGAGGACGAGAGCGACGACGAGCUGCCCCAGGACAUGGCGCUGGCGGCCGGUGGGGAGUCCCCGGCGCUGGGCCCCGACGCCCUGGAGCCCCCCGCCAAGCUGGCGCGCAACGACCCCCGCGGGCUCUUCGUGCAGGCGCUGCCGUCCAGCUAAGCCGCCCCCAGCCCAGCCCAGCCCGGCGUCAAGCCCCCCCCAAACCCCCCGCUACUGUGGCUUCUCCCCCCUCCGCCCCAGAGACACACGGAGGCCCGGAGCGCCCCCUUCCCCCUUCUCCGCCGGGGCGGCACAAUCAUGUCACCGCCGGCCCCGCACCCCAAAGACGUGCCUUAAGGAACCCACCGCUGUGCCCGGGUGCCCCCCCGCCCAGCCCCUGCCCACACCCGCCCAGGACCCGGGGGUGGGGGUGGGGGGGUCACCCCGGAACUGUUAACUUAUUCUGGUCACUGGCUUUGCACAGCCCCGGGUGGGCGCGGCUGGACCUUGCCUGGGGACACCCCGAUUCCUCGCCCCCCAGGUCUAAGUGCAAUUAAUGUUCCGGGCAGCUGGGCCGCCCUCGGAGCCCGCGAGGGGGGCCGCGUCCCUGGGGGGCGGGGGGCGCCUCCGGUUUCCAAAGAGCCUGCGGCCCGGGGACCCCGCGCUUCCCCCCUGCGCCCCCCCAGUCAUCCCCCCCUAGCGCCACCGCCUCGGCCCACCAUGGCCUUACCCCCCUCCCACCCCAGAAAGACAGGAGGAAAGAAAAUCGCCCCAUAAUCGCCGUUGUACAGACACACACACACCCACAAUCCGAACCUCCGCGCCGCUGCUGCAGCUUCCGGGGCCGCCCCGCACCCCAACCCCAACCGCAACUGCCGUGAAGCCGUGACCGUGUCCGCGUGUGCUAGUCGAGCCCGCCCAGCUGUUUUCUAUCUUUUUUGUAGUCUUUUCUUAAAACAAAUAAAUUCUGCUGUGAUCUUUGCCA